GCAGAAGUGCGAAAGAAAAAGUAAAGUGGGGUCCUGUUGGAUAUGUUGUCAGUGAAUAUUGACUUUUGCUUGACUGUAAAACCUUUUGAGAACACAUAAAGGAUAUGUGAAAAACUUACCUGAGCUGACUUGAAGUAUUUGUUGUUCUUCUUUUCCAGUACAAACAAACUGAGUGAUAUUCAUGUUUGGACAGCGUGUUUUGUGAGGUCACCUUGACCUAUGCCUGAUCUUUGACCACCAAGUUCUAGUCAGGCAUCCUUGAGUUCAAGUGAACAAUUGAAGAACAUUUGCCAAAUCUGAAGAAAUAUCUCUCCUCAAAAGAAAUAAAAAUAUUAUAAUUAUUUUAUUUACAUUUUUUUUUUUACUGUUUCAAUGAGAAAAGUCCAGAUGGAUGAACCAACCGUCUAAAAAUAUGAAAACUUGCUCCUGCGUACCACCAUGUAUUAUCAUGUCCAAAUACACUAGCACAUUGCCACAUUAACAAGUUUUCAGUAAUGCCAGCCGUCCCUUGCCACCAUACAGUUUCCCCCUAGCUGCUAAACAAGUUAGGUAACUCUCAACAGUUAUUCAGAAAUUCUUCCUAACUUUCCUUCAUGAAAACACAAGAAUGAAAGUGGGAGGAGAUUUCCUACCUUACAUAUUAACCCACUCUGCAGCAGGUUAUUUUAUUCCUUACCUCGGUCUAAUCUGAAGUGUAGGUUUGUGCCACAUCCGACUCUCAACAAUGACUUCUGACGGCAAGAAGACAGCGCCUAACAAAAGGCCAUACAUCUGUAUUCCGAAAAAACUCAUAAAUCUUUUGGCCGAGCAAUAUGAACUUGAACAUGGACUGCUUGUAGAAGAUCUGAAUCCCUACUUAAAUGAAGGAUAUAUACAAGCUUACUUCCGUGAAUGGGGAACCGUCAAAUCAUGCAAAAUUAGGAAGAAUCCCAACUCUGGGAAACAUAAAUCAGUGGCCUUUGUGAAGUUUUCUAGCGAGGAAGAAGCAGACUUGGCAGACUGGGUCGGUCCUCACUAUAUUGGUGGAGCAGAAGUUAAAGUGAGGCGCUUUGUUACUUUCAAGGGCGAGGAGGAUUCAGAGCAAGAGGUUGAUGGAGCCACAGUUAAACCUCGACCACGGCCUUCAAUGGGUCUUGGCUACAUACUCGAAGAUGCUCAGUGGUUAGAAGAAAAUGAAUGAAUAAACAAAGCUUUAAUCGAAAGUUGACCAGCUUGAGGGUAUUGGUUGUUUUGUCAGUACCAUACAAAAGAACAUACAGCCUAAUGCACAUGUAUUUAUGUAUGUAUUUCUCUUAGUUUUACUAGUAAGUAAGUUUUACUU